GGCAUAAAUCGUCACUAGGACUGAUUGAUAUUGAGAGCGAAGUUGACUUGAUUUUGGCGAGGGCGUCUAUGUUUACGGCUCCGGAAAACAUUGAGCAAUUCCUAAUAUGUCCUGCACAUCGAUCUACUCUUGGAACAGGGUGGAAACAGGCAGAAAACGAGAAAUGCAGAAUUCCUGUGAUUCUAUCACGCCAUAGCGACGAGGUGCGAAAGAAGCCAAGAGGAGAAGCAAAACGUGGUUUGAGUAAAGCUGGUUCGCAUCUUGUUCUGCGCGAGACUGGAGUUUUUCUUCCCGUGGGUUCAG